AUGGAGAUCUGGAGCAGCCCCGCCGCCUAUGAUGAGCUGAACGGGAACGCGGAGCGCGGCGGCGGCGCGGACCCCAUCGCUCGGGAGCUGGAGGAAGUCCUGUGCGCUGAGAGGGUGGUCAGGAUCACGAAGACCUACCACGAUAUUGAUGCCGUCACCAACCUGCUGGAUGAGAAAGAGCGGGAUCUGGAGUUAGCAGCACGCAUUGGGCAGUCCCUGUUGAAGCAGAACCGGAGCCUGACUGAGCGCAAUGAGUUCCUGGAGGAGCAGCUGGAAUUGGCCAAAGAGGAGAUCGCUCAGCUGCGCCACGAGGUCUCAAUGCGGGAUGACCUUCUCCACUUCUACACCACCACAACGGAGGAGAGCGAGCCCACUACCACCCCUUCCACCCCGCUGCGCAGGCAUGAGUCCUCGCUGUCCUUGCAGCAGUGCUUCCAGUACGACACCUUGCAGCAGAAACUCAAGUGCCUGGAGGAGGAGAACCAGAAGCUUCGUAUGGAGGCCACCAACAUCGCCACUGAGACCUGUCAGUACGAGGACCAGGAGCAGCAGCUGAUGAUUGAUUGCGUGGAGCAGUUUUCCAAAGCGAGCCAGCAGGUCGUUCACCUGUCCGAGGAGCUGGAUCACAAGGCGGAGGACGUGGCACGGAAGCAGGAUGAGAUCACCCAGCUCCUGGCGCAGGUUGCGGACCUGCAGCAGAAGUGUCGCACGUACUGCUCCGAGGUGGAGGAGCUCCAGCAGCACCUGACCGCGGAGAAGGAGGCGAAGCAGCAGCUCCGAAUGGAACUGCGGGACCUGCAGGAGAAGUACGUGGAGUGUGGUGGGAUGCUGCAGGAGGCCCAGGAGGAGGUGAAGAGCCUGCGGAGCCGCAGCCUGCCCAACAGCACCGUCAGCCGCUACAGCGCGGCCAGUCUCCUGCCCGUGGACUCGCUGGCAGCUGAGAUCAAGGGGAUGAUGAGGAAGAGGACAGACAGCUCCUCCUCGGACUACAAGAGCUACCAGCGCGUCUUCGAGACUGUGAAGGCCGUGAACCAGGCAGCCAAAGCCAAGUCUUGCUCUGAGUCUCCCCACUACGUUCCAGGCUCCAAGCAGUUGUCCGCUGCCCACUCUGGGGGGGCCGGCACCCCCCACACCGUCUGCUCCGGCUCGGAGAAUGCCCUAACCGAGGGGGCCAGCGAGAACUCCCGGGCAGCCCCGGGCCGGCAGGACCUGGAGGCGGCGGUGCAGCGGCUGUCGGUGCGGCAGCAGAGCCACGUCUCCGAGGAGCGCUCCUUCUUCGAGGCCGAACGGGAACGCAAGCUCUGGCGGCUGAGAGAUGGGGCGAGCUCCAGUGGCUUCCUCACCCCCGAGGGCAGCACCGUCUCCACUGGGACCAACUACUCCGGGGGCUCGGAGCACACUGCUGCCUCCAGCUUCUCCCUUGGCUCUCUCACCUACUUACCCGACAAACUGCAGAUCGUGAAGCCGCUAGAAGGCUCUGUGACACUUCACCACUGGCAGCAGCUGGCACAGCCCAACCUGGGUGGGAUCCUGGUGCCCCGUCCCGGGGUGCUUACCAAGGACUUCAAACAGCUGGACGUAGACCUGGAGGAGGUGUACAGUCUCAAUGACUUGGAGGAGGAUGAUGUGGACGCCAGCUCCUUCCAGCUGCUCCCUACCUCAACACCCGCCAAAGCCAAGGAGCACCCCAGGGUGUUCCUCUCUGUUAGCAACCUCCCCCAGACCCCGUCUACCUUCACCAUCACCACCUGCCACAUCCUCCACCCCACCACUGCGAUCACCACGGUGACAUCCAGUCUCUAUCAUGCCGUCGUGCCUUCUUGUGGGCCCUUUGAGGGGCUGAACCUCAGCAGCCCCUCACCAGAACAGACUCCCCCCACACUGGCGCUCGGCCCUGGACCCCCGAACACCCCCGUGGGACUCUUCGGGCUCUUGUUGGGGCCAGAUUCUCACUUGGCACCAGGGACUGGAUCAAGGUGGGCCCCCUCCCUCCACUCGCAGGACCCUCAGCAUUCUGAGCUACAGCCCUCCCCGGUGCCCAGUCAGGAUGGGGCCCCAGCCAGGAGCAGCAUCUUCAGCUGGAACCUGGUGGAGAAGUUGCAGCGACUGGGGCUGGACAAGGUGGUGGCCAGAGGGGAGAAGUCCUGUGCCAGGCCUGGGCCCAAAGGGGCCUGGGGCACCCAGAAGUGA